AUUUGGUACUAGGAGUUUUACAUUAAAUGUGAAGCUGUAAAGUCAAACUAUAGGAUCAGGCUGCAAUCCUAUACUCAUUUGCCUGGGAAUGAAUCACAUUGAACAGAGUGGGACUUACUUCUGACUUGGCAUGUAUAGUGGUGUGUUGCUAAUGGAACAUCAGAGCAUCGUACCACCAUCACCCAACAGCUUGGUGUUAAUGGGAUGCAAAACGGCCCAGCUGAUACCUUUUGAAGCUCAUUUCUGCUGUGUGAAACCUGCAGUUUGCCUUUCACAGAUUUCUGGUAUUCCAAAGUGAGUGGGAACCCAGCCUAAUUCGUCUCCUGUUGAGCCUGAAAGAAAAGUUUGCUCUGUAUUCGCAAUCCCUCUAUUCACUUUUAUAUCAAUUUGGUCUGUGGCCAUUUUCGGUCUAUUUCAGACUACCUACAGACUGUGAUAUCCACUUUCAGGGUUUGGUUAGGUUUUACAUAAAGCCACCCAUCACAGGAAAGCUGCAAUAGUACUCACAGUAAAAGAAAACGACAGCAUGAAUCUCCACUUGCAUAUAUGAUGUGGGCAUUGUUAGAUUUUUCAGUCUUGAAGUGAAGUGCAACUGUGUACAACAUCCAUGUGUUAACAACACACUCCAUGACAGCGGAAGCAGCAGGAUACAAGAAUAAUGUUGUGCAAGGCAUCAGUAAUCCUACCAAUGCCAUGGUAUGGCAUCCAUCAACAUAUACUAGGAAUUAAGAUAAUUUGUCCUUCAGAAUAAAAUAUUGUGUAACUACCAAGCACAAGCUGAUAUUUCUUAAGAAGGGUGACAAGAUAUUUGUUAAGUUCCCUUCAAGUAGAAAGGGCUUUUUCUGUAGGACUCUAAUCCCUUAAACCUUUCCCUCAGGUUGUUGAUCCUUUGAUGAUAUGUAAGAUUUACAAUUUGGUUGAGUUUAGAGCUGAGACUUUAACUUGAGCACAAUGCAGAUAAGAAAGCCAAUUGUAUCUGAAGAUAAGAAAGCCAAUUGUAUUUGACAUACCUAAAUGUUUAUAUGGCCCUCUCCAGGUCCUGAGUUUGUGUUGCACUCACACCUGAGCAAGGGCCAUGAUUGCGCAGAGGAAGCAACUGUGUCACUCACGACCUGUACAAUUAACAGCUGCACAGCAGACGUGGACUGGGCUGGUUCCAUAGACUCAUUUCACCAGGCUGAGAUCUUUCUUUUCAUCUUGCUGAUCUUUAGCACAAAAUUACAUUGCAUGGAUUUCACGAUGGAGACCUCUUGGAUCAUACAGCUGCUGCUCCUGCUCGCCAUUUCCUCGGUGUUUGUCACAGCAAUUCCAGAGCAAAUACAAAACAACAUGACCAAUGAAGAUUUUCCAAUGGCAGAUCACCAUUCACUAGGCGUAACUCUGAAUAAAAUCAUGACAGCACAGUAUGAAUGUUACCAGAAAAUUAUGCAAACUCCAAAUGAUAAUGAAGUGCCUCAUUGCAACAGAACGUGGGAUGGUUGGUUGUGCUGGGACGAUAUUGCCGUGGGACAGACAUCAGUACAGAACUGCCCAGAUUACUUCCAAGACUUUGACCCCUCAGAAAAAGCUUUCAAGGUCUGUGAAGAAAAUGGUCACUGGUUUGUUCACCCUGACAGUAACAGAACAUGGACAAACUACACGCUUUGUAAUGCAGGAGUAAAGUCUAAACUGCAGACAGCUCUGAAUUUAUAUUAUCUUACUAUCAUUGGCCACAGUCUUUCAAUUGUUUCACUUUUGAUCUCCCUUGGCAUAUUCUCAUAUUUUAAGAGCCUGAGUUGCCAGAGGAUCACUUUACAUAAAAACCUCUUUUUUUCCUUUGUUUGCAACUCCAUCGUCACGAUUAUUUGUCUGACAGGAGUUGCCAAUAACCAACAGCUGGUUGCAGCUAAUCCAGUCGGAUGCAAAGUGGCCCAGUUCUUCCACCUUUAUUUAAUGGUUUGCAAUUACUUCUGGAUGCUCUGUGAAGGCAUUUACCUGCACACUCUCAUUGUGGUGGCUGUAUUUGCAGAAAAACAGCACUUACUGUGGUAUUACCUUCUUGGAUGGGGAUUCCCCUUGAUUCCUGCCUGCAUACAUGCUGUAGCAAGAACCAUAUAUUUCAAUGACAACUGCUGGAUCAGUUCAGAAACUCAUCUGCUGUACAUCGUCCAUGGUCCUAUUUGUGCUGCUCUUUUGGUGAAUCUCUUUUUCUUGUUGAACAUUGUUCGAGUUCUCAUAACCAAGCUAAAAGUCACCCACCAGGCAGAAUCCAACCUCUACAUGAAGGCUGUAAGAGCUACUCUCAUAUUAGUGCCACUCCUCGGCAUUGAAUUUGUGCUGUUUCCAUGGCGACCCGAGGGCCGUAUUGCCGAAGAGAUUUAUGAUUACGUGAUGCAUAUCCUCAUGCACUAUCAGGGUUUGUUGGUGGCAACAAUUUUCUGCUUUUUUAAUGGAGAGGUCCAGUCUGUUCUGAGAAGGCACUGGAAUCAGUACCGGAUCCAGUUUGAGCACAGCUUUGCCCACUCAGAUGGUCUUCGCUCAGCUUCCUUCACAGUCUCCACCUCCCUUUCAGAUGGGCAAAGCUUCAGCUACAAUCAUGACUGCACCAGUGAACAUUUAAAUGGGAAAAGCUUUCACGACAUGGACAAUAUUGCUCUUAAAGCCGAAAAGCUGUAUGGUUGAUUCUGGAGGAGUCUAUUCCCACCCCCAUGAAAUGCUGACUGAAUGACUCCAUGAGCAGAGAGGACAUUUUGGGGUCAAGUUUAGAGAUGGUUGUUCUUGGAAGAAACCAUGAAUUUCGAUGUCUUUCUCACAUGCUCACAUGCAUUCACAUAUCUUAGCAUGUGAGAGUUUGUUCUUUGUUGUUUGUACACUGGAGCUGGUCACCCCCAUCAAAUGAAAUUUGAAACUUCAACUUCUGGAUUCCCCAUGUUCAGAGAAAUGCUAGUUGAAAUUCUAAUUGGGAUCAAUCAUGCUCUAGUUUAUGUGUUUAUAUGUUUUGUACAUAUAAUGUGUUAUCAAGCUAGAUGAACCUUGCCUCUUCAGUUUCUACUGUGUAGACCAAGUGGGCAAUUAUUUUGUAUGAGAGGAAUCAAAGAAAAGUUCUGUAUUUUUUCAGCAGUUUGUAUAAUGACUGGGUUGUCUUUGAGGCCAUUUUGUUUGCUCACAAAAGCCUGUAAAUAUUGUAUUUAUCAUAUUGUAUUGUCUUAAGUGCAGCCAACAAAUGCAACCUAAAUAUUGAAAAGGGAUGCAGUAAUUGCAAAGCAUUCUUCAUGUUGACUGUGCAACAUUUAACUCUGACAAAGAUAGAUAGCGAUCUGCAACAUUUUAAACUGAGUGUGUUGCAAAGCCAUUAGAAACCUUAGAGCAAGCAUUUUAUGGUAUAAUUGUGAUGCUUCUCUUCCAGUUCCUAUAUAGAAGUUCUCCAAGUAACUAAUGGCUUAGCAGAGUCGGCAUGGUCACAUCCCAACAGUCUCUUGUAGGCAAGGGGAUUGUGGUGCUUUUGUGGAUUUUCUCUGCUUGGUGCACUUCUCUUGCCUUCUCUUGGUGGACUUCUCUUGAAGGGAUCGGUUUUCUUUUGCAUUGAUGUAAGUCCUCCAGGGAAGGGAAUGGCUUUUGCAGUAGCCCUGAGCAUGCACCGAGAUACAUUGUGAGAUAACCUUCUUUGGUUCUGGUUGAUUUGGACUGGAAAGGAGUUAGGCACUUAACUCACCUCAGAAACCUUAAUUGGUAAAAGAUGAUACAGCUUAAGCUGUAGUUUGUCUCCUUGGUCAGGUGUUUAAGACAGAGCACAGGUUGCUCAGUCUUCCUGCGGUACAGAAACCUAGUAGGUUAUCUGCAGAUGGAAAAAGUGAGUCAGCCUAGAUAUGUUGGCUCUGCGGAAAAUAGCCAUGGAUUUCCACCCCACUUAUGGAAUGGGUACAACAAGCAGAAACCUUUCGUAGCUGAUGCAGUAAAAACAGAAAGUACAAUUAAGUAUCCAGGAGUUUGCAUCAGCAUAACUGCUUCUGAUUAUUUUAUUGUUAUCGAGGCUAUGGAAGACUGGGGGGGUGUAAGCAGGCUGACGGUGGUGUGGGAGACUGAAGUAAUUAUUCGACUACUCCCAAAGAACGGAAAUUGAGCUGGGGGUCAGUACUAGAAAGUAGAGCUCGACAGUGGUUGGACAGAGUGGCCUGCUGCUGACUCCACACAUGGACAGUUGCUAGCUGCAGCCAUCUGAGGCCCUGGCCCCCAUAUAUUUUCACAGAGGCAGAGAAACACUUGCCAGAAAUCCAGAGCUAGAAAUGAGGAGGUUGCACCCCCUUUCUGUUGCAGAAAUAGCUUAGUAUGAGCAAGGACCCAAUGAUGUCAAUCGCUGGCACCUCUGCUCAAGCACCUAAGCUAGGUUGGACGAUUCAUAUAGAUGGUGUAAGCACUGGCCAAGGGCUCGGUUCUUUGGAAAGAUUGGCUUCUUUUGCCCCUGAGUGCUGAAGUCAACAGGCGCUUAGCUAAGACACGCAGAUUAUUAUAUCUUGAGAAAAAUUCUGCAGAGCCUACAACCAAGAGUUUGCCUCAGAUGGCAAGUGAAGUGCCUUCCGGUACCGUCCAGGUGCCAACUGCAUCCUGCACAGCUAGGAAGAAGUGGAAGUCAGUGGAAUUGGAGGCACUCUGAUUGUUUGAAGGACUGCAGCUAUAGCCUUACAAAGGGCUUCUCUUGGGAUUUUUAUGCAAGGGCUGGCUUAUGAUGUUCCUUAUAAUUUCAUGUUGGCUUGCAUUACUGCACUUACUCUGCUGCCCAUGCUUAUACUGAGGUCUGUGAACUGAUCCGAGUUGUGGAUAAGAUGUAACAGCAGAAAACACUUGCAAGGAAAUCUGAUAAGAACUUUAUUGAACUCUAGUUUGCUGUGCCUUUGUGAAAUCUUUUGAUUGUUGUUGUUUUUUUAACAUGUCUUUAUACUGAAGCACAAAGUAAAGCUGUGAGAGCACAUGGACCGACAUGAAAUAAAUUCCUGAAAAGUCUUAGAGGAAAGAGAAAAUGUGCUGUCUUCAAUAUGUAGCUGAAGAAGCAGAGGUAUUUAGCCACCACUACUCCUAACAGAUGUUCUUGUACAGAAAUCCUUCUGGCUUGGGAAAACAACUGGCAAGGGAUGAAAUGAAGCUGCUUCAUCAUUCUCAGAACAGUAUCUGCUUUUUAAGUGUCAUGAUGGAAGAUGAGGUGUUCAGGGCUGCAUUUAACAGGCUUCCAUCAGUUGGCAAGUGAUCUGUUAGCAGUUUGGACGGUUUGACAGCUAUGGAUGAUUGUCAUCAGUAUAAUAUCAUAUUUAUGUAGGCAAUAUCAGGGGUCGCUCAGAAAACGAGUGUUACUCUGCGCUUUUAUUCAGUAUGCUCCUGGAUGGCAUUUGGCUGAAUAAUGGAAUGGCUAUGUGGCAUUAUAAAAUUUAGGUCACUGACUUAUCAGCUCCGUUUCUUCAUUUUAAAUAAUGUGUGUGCAUCGGCUGUAAUUCCAAAGCAGUGUAGAAAGUCUGCAAAAUUCACAAUCUCUUGAAAGCAAAAAUCUUUUUUUUUUAAUAAAAUUCCUUUAGGAAUUGUAAAAAUAGGUUUAAAAGCAGGUGUUCCUAUCUCAGAACCAGUCUUCCUUCCAGUCUCCAUAAAGCUCCUCCCCAAGAUAAAGAGCAGAAUACAUUAUGCAAAAUAAGAUGAAAUGGGCAUUUUUUGUAAGGCAAAUUCAAACUUAAAAAAAGUUUAAAACACACGUGCUGUGCUAGCAUUAUCUAGAACCACAGCUGGGCUGUGCAACAUGCUUUUGAUUAUACUGCAUGUGUCCUUCUUAGGGACAUGACACACAAGCUCUGCCAUUUGCUCUACCAAUGACAUCACUGAAGGAUGGAUGUUUAUUUUACAGCUUUUUUCCCCAUGGUUCUUUGUCCUGGGUGUGGUACCUUAGAACUCUUCCCUGCUUUUUAAAAGUGUCACAAGAGGAGGCCUUCAGAUGCUAUGCAUAGAAUUCUAUGUAUAACUUUUUAUCUUAUGGUCUGCUUGGUUGGCACAAAUCUGACGAAAGUGAGAGUCGUUCCUUGCAUUCAAGGCCAAGCUGUAGAUUUCAGCAUAUGGUGCAACUUUCUUUGGGAAGCAAAAUGCUCUGUACAUGCCAUGUGGAAUAGCUGUGUGUCCUGGAGUUUUUCUUUCCUUGAAACUAUGGAAGUCAUUAGAACAGGUCGGUUUGACUGUAUUCAUGUGACACACCCUGCAACAGCCAUUCCCAUCUUUAUUGCUAGGAAACCCACCAAAGGAAUAAUUUAUCUAUCAUUUCCCUGAGCUGGCCUGGAUAUUGGAGGAAAACACUUUUAACUGUGGUGUCACACUGUUCCCAGGCUCAGGGGUUCUUUCAAACAUGCAUGCACAUUGCAUUAUCUUUGAUCACUCCUAAGAUGCUGGAGCAGGCCAAAGACUCUCCUGGUCCAACUUUCUGUCCUCACGGUGACCAACUCAGUACCCACAGGAAACCCUUAAGCAGCACAUGAGUCCAACUCUUGCCCAUGUUCCCUAGCAAGUGGUGUGCCAAGUAAUACUGCCUGUGAUAUUAACGUAGCACAUCAGUCCUCGGGACAUGCCACCAUUGAUAUCCAGCUCCCUCAUUUUGCAGAAAUGAUCUUAAUUUCUGGGUUAGGCUUCCUUGGCAAUUUUCCACUUAAAUGUGUAUCAAACCUGGUAGCACUGUGGGCACUGCCUCCAAAGGGUUCAGCAACCUUUCACUUUGGAUUUAAUCCAAGAUCACCUCUCCUUCAGUAAGUUCCCGGUCAGCUGCUCCAGGGCCCUGUCAUUUAGGACACUGAAAGUUUGGUUUCUUUGCCAUGGCUGGAGCAUGCAUUUAUCAACAUGGGGCAAUUAAAGUCCCCUUCACUGUAACACAUGCUCAUUUGGAGGCUUCCUUAUUCCCUUUUUGAUCACAUGAUCCCUCCAGCCAUCCUGUUCGGGGAAACAGCAGCAAGCUCCACGGACUCAAUUAGUUUUGGGGCCCUGUAUUAUCACACACAGUGCUUCUCUGGAAGAGACUCCCCCCUUUAGGUUUUCUAAUCUGCUCGACACUAUGUCCUCUUUGGUCCAUAGUGGACUUUCAGAUGUGCAUUGGAAUUUUCUCUAUGAAAAAAACGUUGUCUUUGAAUGGGUAUCCAUUGAUAAGGGGAGGCGUUGUGAUGGCUUAUUCAGACACAUACUGUAUGUCAGCUACUGCCAUUGCAGCCAGGUGACCAGGGUGCACUUAGUAGCUUUGAAUCCCAGGACCAUCCAUCGUUUCAACCUUGCGCACUAGGCCAUUGGUAUUCAAUGGAUGGUGUAAUGUUCUAUAAUUAGAGAAGAAACAUUUUGCAAGACUGGGAUAUUUAAGGCACUUUGGUUCUCUUUUAAAACCACCUUUUCAGUCACUUACUGAAAAUAUGUCAAGGAGUCAGAAAAAGAAACUUUUGUAAAGGCUAUCACCUCACUUUUGAUAUCUAUUGAAAUGUGUGAAUGUUAAUAUUGAUGGAAGUUACUUCAAAUGAAUGAAUAUCUAUCUUCUUCUUGGAUUCAUUCAAUUAAUAAAAUGUCAGAAAA